AUGGCUAGUUUCUCGGAUGAAGGCUAUGACUGUUCAGCAUAUGCUGCAUACCGUCCUUCCCCUCCCAAGGCUCUGUACGAUACUGUUUUAGCCUACCACCAGUCUCCACGCGAACUAUGCGUCGACCUGGGGACUGGCCACGGGGCUGUAGCUCGCGCGCUGGCCACGCACUUCAAAUCUGUCCUCGGAGUUGACUCCUCCGAGGGGAUGCUGAAGGAAGCCGCAAGAGCUCAGCAAUGGGACAUCAGAAUAUCAGUGUUCAACAAUGAAUGGAUGUAUCCCGUUGAAUGCCGGGAUUUUGCUAACUGGACCGACCUUACAAGGUUGGUAAGUGUCCCUGCCAAUGACGAUGCGCCUGGCGUCUCCAACACUCCAGGAGCUAUUCAAAUGCGUGCAUCACAGACCCUUGGGAGUCUGGAGAUCCUAAUACGGACAUUGAGUAUGGUCCAUGAAUGGCGUAAGGCACAUCCUGAGGCUUUAUCAGUAAGAGAGGGCGGGUCUGGUGACUGCGUUGAUACCCUCAUGCGAGAUAUAAUCGAGGGUGAGGAAAAAUGGCGCGUCUUUGUUACGUCGGGGGGCAAUUGGCGGGACAUCGAGCAUGCAUCCGCCUUUCGAUUAUCCCGUGCAGGACGGGUCUAUACAAAACAUAUGCGUUCCGAAAGGUUUUGCAGAUCGCAAUGUAUGGACAGUGAGUCUUGCGGAAGUGCUAUGAUAUUCAAUAAUCGGGGAUGGAGGUCCAAAGUUCUGGAGAAGAAAACUUACGUUGUUAUUUGCAUUUUCUUGUCAACCUUUCAGGAGUUCAACAUGAUCUCAUGCGAGAGAAGCAGUAGGCUAGCAAAGUCUAAGGGCUGGCUGGCUGACUAG